UUGCACGUAUGUGAGCGUGUAAGAAGAAUCUGGCAAUUGUUAUCUCUCGUUUAGGGUUCCUUUUCCCUGCUUUAAUUUCGGGGCAAAAGACCCUCUCUUUAUUUAACGUUGAGGGACCCGUCCCCAAUGAAUUUCCCUCUGCAUUUACAUCACAGAUCUUCUCCUACAUUUCUCCUCAUUCGGAGAUAACCCUAGAAAUUUUAAAUUUCAAGGGUUACUCCGUCUGUGUUUGUCUUUGCUUUUCCUUCGAUGUUUUUUCUUUGUCUAGGUGUCUCGAUUUGUAGGAAUUUUUCGUUUUCAUUUGUUCCUUUUUUUAGGAUUUUAGUUUAGAGAGUAUACAGUGAUGGAUGGAUUUGAUGGUGGACGUGGUAUUCAAGAGAACCCUUUCAAGGGAUUAGCAGAGACUUCUUCAGGGAAUGCACUCUUUGACGCAUCACAAUAUGCAUUCUUUGGUAAAGAUGUUCUGGAGGAAGUUGAGCUGGGAGGAUUAGAAGAUGGAGAUGGUAACAUCUCUUUCGCUGGGAUUGAAGACGAGGAGUAUCGUUUGUCAGAUAGAGAAGAGGCUGAAGGUUUAGGAUCUUUAUCUGAUAUUGAUGAUCUUGCCAGUACUUUUUCGAAGCUGGUCAAGGUCAUUGGUGAACCAAGAAAUGCAGGAGUUAUUGGUGACAGGGGAUCUUUUUCUAGGGAAAGUUCAUCUGCUGCUGACUGGGCGCAAGAGCCGGAUUUUCCCAACUGGUUAGAUCCACAUAUUUUUGACGCUGACAGUGUUCAAGAAGGCAAAAGAUGGUCAUCACAGCCGCAUCCUUCGUCUGCUCGUGUCACGGAGUCAAAACUUUUGUACAGAACAUCUUCGUACCCUCAGCAGCCACAACAGCAGCAACAUUUCUCAAGUGAACCGAUUUUAGUUCCCAAGUCAUCUUUCACUUCCUACCCUCCUGGUGCCCGAUCUCAACAGGCUUCACCAAACCACCAUUCACGCCACAUAAGCGUUCCACCUCUUACCGGAGGAUCUCAGAUACCCCUCUCUGCUCCAAAUCUCUCUCCUUUCUCUAAUCCUCAGCUUCAUUUGUCUGGUUUACCUCAUGGGCUACAUUAUGGUGGAAAUAUACCACAGUUCACUCCGUCAGGACUCCCCAUUAAUAGCAGGCCACAGAACCACUGGGGAAAUCAAGCCAGCCUAUUUUCUGGAGAUAAUUCCAGUAUUAUUAACAAUUUCUUGCAACAACAAUUGCCUCAUUCCAAUGGGUUGAUGCACCAACAGUUAAUGUCACAACAGCAGCAACAACAAAGAAUGCAUAACCCUGUUCAACCAUCUUUGGCUCAUUUUUCACCUCUGCAGACACAACUAUUUAAUGCCCAUCCUUCUCCACAUGUAAUUAGCAAGUAUGAGGCAAUGCUUGGAGCAACUGAUCUGAGGGACCAGAGAAUUAGAUCGACACAGAGAGGAAGACCAAACCUGCGCUUUUCUCAACAGUUCUCUGAUACUAGUAGCCAGAAGAGCGAUAAUGGGUGGCCACAGUUUAGGUCGAAGUAUAUGACAGCUGAAGAGAUAGAGAGUAUUCUGAGAAUGCAGCAUGCUGCCACGCAUAGCAAUGAUCCGUAUAUAGAUGAUUAUUAUCACCAGGCAUGUCUUGCAAAAAAAUCUGCUGGGGCGAGGCUGAAGCACCACUUCUGCCCAACUCACCUACGGGAUCUGCCUUCUCGUGCACGUGCUAAUUCUGAGCCACAUGCUUAUCUGCAAGUUGAUGCACUCGGUAGGGUUCCAUUUUCUUCCAUACGUCGUCCUCGUCCAUUGCUUGAGGUUGAUCCUCCAUCUGCUUACGCUGGCGAAGGCAAUGUUGAACAGAAAGUUUCUGAGAAGCCUCUGGAGCAAGAACCCAUGCUAGCUGCCCGUAUAACGAUUGAAGAUGGUCUCUGUCUCCUUCUUGAUGUGGAUGAUAUUGACAGGCUUCUAGAAUUCAAUCAACCACAAGAUGGAGUUCAGCUGAGGAGGAGGAGACAGGUACUCUUGGAGGGGCUUGCGGCCUCUCUCCAGUUAGUUGACCCACUAGGCAAAGGUGGCCAUGCAGUAGGACCAGCCCCCAGGGAUGAUCUCGUGUUCUUAAGGUUAGUCUCUCUUCCCAAGGGACGGAAGCUCCUCUCAAGGUACCUACAGCUUCUCAUUCCUGGGAGUGAGCUUAUCCGGAUUGUUUGCAUGGCAAUUUUCCGUCACUUGAGGUUCUUGUUUGGUGGCCUUCCUUCUGAUAUGGGAGCUACGGAGACAACAAUAAAUCUUGCAAGGACUGUUUCUGUGUGUGUUCGUAACAUGGAUCUUAAUGCACUUAGUGCUUGUUUGGCUGCGGUAGUUUGUUCGUCUGAGCAGCCUCCUCUCCGCCCCCUUGGUAGUGCUGCUGGAGAUGGAGCCUCUGUUAUCAUAAAAUCUGUUCUUGAUAGGGCAACUGAGCUGUUAACUGAUCCCCAGGCUGCUACCAGCUACAGCAUGUCCAAUCGGGCUCUUUGGCAGGCAUCCUUUAAUGCUUUCUUUGGUCUGCUCACCAAAUACUGUGUGAGCAAGUAUGACAGUAUUGUGCAAUCAUUGCUUAUGCAAGCACCACCAAAUACAGCAGCUAUUGGAGCUGAGGCAGCCAGAGCUAUUAGUAAAGAGAUGCCAGUGGAGCUGUUACGAGCAAGUCUGCCUCACACUGAUGACCACCAGCGAAAGCUUUUGCUGGAUUUCGCACAGCGUUCCAUGCCUGUCACUGGAUUUAAUGUCCAUGGUGGGGGCAAUGGUGGUCACAUUAAUUCUGAAUCGGUGCCAGGUUAAUAAAAAAGAUUAUGGAAAAGUUAGUGUUGUAGUUGGGUAGCUAGUUUCUUUGCUUGUCAUCCGUCGAUGCUUUUUCUCACUGCGGGCCGUGAUCGCGUUUUUUAUGUGGUAGUGCACGGAGUGAAAGCAUGGGGAGUGAAUACCUGUUUUAGUAGUUAGUUUAUUGCGUCAGAUAUAUUUGUUUAUCUUUCCUCUUUCAUUUUUUUUAAAAAUUUUCUUUUCAUGUUUCUUUUCUAUAAAAACUUGUAGUUAUAUGUCACGUGUAAUAUGUUGAAACUCUUUUUGGGGAGUCUGACUGGAAGUUUUUCUUCUGGGGAGCUUAAUUUUGGUGCUCUGUUGGAACUCCAGACAAUAAUUCAAGUUGUAAGAGGGAGGGGGGGGGGGGGGGAUGUAAUGUACAGGGUCCAUAAC